AUGGCGGGGGAGGGACUCCCCUCGGAUCUGCAGGGCGGCGUAGUGCUGUUCCGCAAGCUCAUGACAGUCCUGGUUCUGCGCCUGUACGUCUCCAGCCCUACCGACCCGCUCUUCCUCUAUACCAUGGACUGUGGGGAGGAGGAUUUCCGGGUCCUGAAGGCCUCCCAAGGCCUCCUGGUGGACCACGCUAACUUUGGGGCCAAGCUGGUGGGCCUCCUCGAUCGCUGUGUGACGUGCGGCGCCGACCUGGAGCCGAGAUUCCAGGCGGUGCUGGAUGAGGGCCCCGCCCCCGGCCCCACCCUCCACAUUACGGAGCAGAACGACCUGUCGCGCAGGCCCCACCUCUCGCUCGGCCUGCUGAGUGGCUCAGAGGGCGCGGUGAAGACCUAUAUAGCGCUGCGCCUCGCCGAGGAGCAGGCGCGGUCCGCCGAGCUGUCGGCCGAGCUCGGCCGAGCCCUGGCCGCAUCCAAGGCGGCCGCGCGGGUUGCGGGGCUGGAGGAGCGGCUGGCCGUUGCCGGCGCGGCAACGGCAGAGCAUGCGCAGCGUGCCGAGGCCCUGGAGUCGACGCUGCAGCGGGUCGAGCUGGGCAAGAGGGAGAGCGCGAGGGCGCAGGAGUCUGCAACGGCAGCCCUGGCCGCCACCGAGGAGAGGCUGCGGGAGUCGCAGGCGGCCCUCCACCUGGCACAGACUAACCUCGUGCGGCUGGGUGAGGAGGCCGGGCGGCUCAGGGGCACUAUCAGCAGGCAGGAGGCCGAGCUGGCGUCGCAGCGGGCAGCAUACCAGAGCGCGCGCGAGGAGCAUGAUGCUGUGGUUCACGAGCUGGAGGCUGCGUGCAAGGAGGCCGACGGGCUGCGAGCGGAGCUGGAGCGUGCCCGCCACGAGACGAGGGAGGCGCAGUGCAAGCUGGAGGCCAACGAGGUCCUGCUUCGCUGGCAAAAUGCGCAGCUGACGGCCCAGGAGCUGCACCAGGGAGUACGCCCCCCCGGCUUCCCCCCUGCCCCCGCAACCCUUCGAAACGUGAUCGCUGCCACCGGUACUUCUGCCAGGCAUAACUCUGCUGCGCUGCCAGGCCCAAACAGGGGCGAGGCGGCCGUCCAGUCCCACCACCUGCGGCUCGCCACGCCUGCCGCCCCCACCCCCGCCCUUCGGCCCUGGCAGCAGUGGCUCUCCAGCAUGCAGGCCCGAGCCGAUGGCAUAUCACGCGACCGGCGCGACAGCCGGCGUUCCCGGUCGAGGGAUCGGAGGAGGGAGAGGAGUAGGGAGAGGCGCAAUCGGUACCGCAGCUCCUCCUCUGAUCUCGAGUAUGGCUACGUCCCACGGAGGAGGGGGCGGGGACCCCCAGACCCCACCAAGAACUUUGUGGAUCCCUUUGAGAAGCUGAGGCAGGCCGCCGCCAAGGCCGCCGACCCUGCUGAGAUCCAGAAGCAGAUGCGGGACCAGCAGAUGGGGGCGCGGCUGACGGUGCUGCAGCAGCAGGCCGCCUCGACGGUGCAGGCGGCCAGCAAAACGCGGCGGGAGAACUUGCAGCUCUACAUCGGCAACCUGGGCCAGGGAGGCAUCACAAGCGAGAUGCUGAAGCAGCUGUUUGACUCCACCAUGGCCGUGGCCUUCCCCACACAAGUUGUGCCGGGGAUGGAUGCGGUGGUGAACUGCAACGUGCACAGCGAGGGCCGGUAUGCCUUUGUGGAGCUGCGGACCACCGAGAUGGCCACCGCCGCGCUGCAGCUCAACGGCGUGGUCAGCUUGAUGGGCGCCACGCUGAGCAUCGGGCGGCCCAGCGGCUACACGGAGGGCGCGGCGCGGGAGGGCGAGGCGCCGCUGCCCUCCGCCUUUGUGGCCGUGUGGGGCGCCAUUGCGCCGGGCGCGGACGAGGCAGCGCGCGCCAAGGCGCUCGGGUUGGUGCGUGGAGUGUGCGAGGGUGCCGGCACGGUGCUGCAGGUCGUCCCUGGGCCCACUGCGCAGACCGCCACGGCUGGAGAGGAGGGUGCGGAGGGUGGCGUGUCGGAGCAGGGACUGGAGGCCAGCAUGCCACCGGCAGGCGGGGCCGUUGCCGCUGAGGAUUCUGCUGGCGGAGAUGUACCCACCGAGCAGCCCACCGGUGGCGAGUCGGCACCCCAGGAGCCUCUCAGUGAGACACGAAAUGCGGCGGAACCCGCUGACGGCUCAUCCGCGCCGGCGGAGGGCCCGGAGGGAGCAGGGGGAGAGCCUGCUGGGGUGGCUAGUUCUCCGAGUGACGAGGGCGACCCCCCCGCCGCCGAGCCAGAGGCGGCCGCGCCGGCGGGGCCAGACCUGACAGACGCCGUGCUGGUGCAGUUCCUGGAGCACCUGGCGGCCGAGAGGGGCAUGCAGGCCCUGGAGGCGGCUGGCGGCGGCGGGCUGCGCGUCGCUCGCAUCACCGCCCGGGACUGGGUGGCGGCGGCGGUGGAUGCGUCGACCUGA